AUGAUAAAGUUCCACCUAUUUGACAAGACCUUCGGCCCCCACGUGCCCGUCACUAAGCCCUUCGCCGACACCUUCGCCGCCCUGUCGGCUCUGGAUCCCGCCCCGUACUCGGUUCCGGAGCUUUCAACUGCUACCAGUUCCGGCGCCAAUUUCUCACCUGUGACUGCCGCGACAGCAACCAUUCAACCAGUGACGUCCCUGCCGGGGUGCGCGGGCCGCCCUAGCACUGACUUGAGCAAUACAGGCCCUCAGGACGCCCAGCCAGUGAGGGCGGUAGAGAACUGCACUGCAGUGUGCUGUCAACCUGACCUUCAGCCGCUGGGGGAUGUCGGAAGGAGCCGCGUUGGCGCCUCCUGUAUCGCCGCCGUAGCGGAAGCUGAAGCGCCGCUGGCUGUGGCCGCCGCCAUGGGGCCCGGAAUAACUCGGCACCCGCAGCUGAAGCCCCAGCAGCCUCGGGCUCAGCGUCAAUCCUUGCACGACGAUCGAGACGCGAGCCGUCAACGGCGCAGCUUCCGGCCGUCAAUCGAUGCUGCAGCCAGCGCCACCAUGUUGUACACCUGCCCCGCAGCAGAGGCUGAGUCCACGGCAUGCGCACAGGGGUCGCAACUUGCAGCGGCGGCAGCAGCAGCGGUGGCGUGUGAAAUGCCGGGUUGCGUUCCUCCGCCGGCACCGUUGCCCUUUGCACAGAUGUCAACCCCGCCACCGCCGGCCCCGCCGCGGCCGGCGGCGGCGGCGACAGCAGGACAUGCAGACGAAUGGAACUUUGGUGACAACUUGCAACGUGCACGAAUGCUAGCUCGGUAUGCCGCCAUGGAGGCGGCGGAGGAGAUGCGGUACGACCCUGGACCGGGCGUCACCGUCACCGCCGACUUCAGCACCGAUGGCGACGGUGGUGGAGACGGAUCUCCGUCCCGUAGGUCGCGCGGCGCCUUAAAACUGUUGUCGUCUCUGCUGAGCGGCUCCCGGGGCGCCGCCAGGGCGGCGGCUGCGCUGGGCCUUGUGCCGCGUUGCCAGGAGGCGGCAACCGCAAGCAGGGGCCGCCGCUACUGUAGCUCUGGGGGCGGCGACGACUGCUGUCAACUCCACUACCUUGAAGAGGAGGAUCUUGCCGCUCCUGUUGUGGCUCGAUCCCGGGACAGUCGCCGGUUGUUGCGGGUGCAGCGGUCCCGAGUCGGGAUCGAUCGGGAGGGGGAGAGUCAGGGGGGACUGAAGACACUGCAGAAGCAGAAGCAAACGGGACGAACUUCCGCCCCGGCUUUUACUGACGAGUACCAACAGCAUUACAAGAAACAUCAGACACAGCAACAGAAGAAGCAACAGCUGCUGCGGCAGCUGCAGGCGCGUAGCUCGGCGCCGCCGGUGGCGAUGCUACAGCCGGACGGUGGCAGCGUUGACGAAGAGCUCAAUGCAGCCAUUUUAGCGGCGGCGGCGGCGUUUGCUGCGGCAACAGCGGCGGAGCGGCUAUCAGCGUGA